AUGGCCGACGCUCUCAAGGCCGAAGGCAACAAGGCGUUUGCUGCCAAAAACUUCGAGGAGGCAGUUGAAAAAUUCUCACAAGCUAUCGAGCUCGAUCCUGAUAACCAUGUCCUCUAUUCCAACCGAUCCGGGGCAUAUGCCUCCAUGAAGCAAUUUGGCAAAGCUCUGGAAGAUGCCAACAAGACAACCGAGAUUAAGCCAGACUGGGCUAAAGGAUGGGGAAGAAAAGGCGCUGCGCUUCAUGGCACAGGUGACCUGCUUGGAGCUCAUGACGCGUUUGAAGAAGCAUUGAAGCUAGACUCCUCAAACGCCCAAGCAAAGGCGGGCUUAGAAGCUGUUAAUAGGGCUAUGGAUGCCGAAGCUAAAGCUGACGGAGCAGGUGGUGGCCCUAUGGGAGGUUUGGAUAACAUGUUCAACGAUCCGCAACUGAUUCAGAAACUUGGCAACAACCCGAAAACUGCACCACUUCUUGCGGACGCCUCUUUCAUGGCAAAACUUCAAAAGCUACGGCAAAAUCCAAGCUCCCUCGGCCAAGAGCUAGGCGACCCAAGGUUCUUGCAAGUGAUGAGUGUGCUGUUGGGGAUUGAUAUGCAAUUCGGAGGACCUCCUGGCGAAGCGCCUACUGCUUCUGGUUCAGGUGAUGUUGAAGAGGAUCUGCCCAUGCCGGAUGCCCGCCCUUCUUCCCAGCCACCGCCAAAACCGAAAGAGGCGUCACCAGAGCCAGAACCGGAACCAGAAGAUGAAGAGGCAAUGGCAGCGAAAAAGGCGAAAGACGAAGCAGAGGCAGAGAAAAGGCUUGGCACGGAGAAUUACAAGAAGCGACAAUUCGACGCCGCAAUCGAGCAUUACAGCAAUGCCUGGGAACUCCACAAAGACAUCACCUACCUCACCAACCUAGGUGCUGCCAAAUUCGAGAAGGGCGACUACCAAGGAGCCAUUGAAGCUUGCGAAAAGGCCAUUGAAGAAGGCCGCCAGGUCCUGGCCGACUUCAAGGUCAUCGCCAAAGCCUAUGGCCGCAUCGGCUCUGCCUACGAGAAGAUGAACGACCUUCCCAAAGCCAUCACCAACUACCAAAAAUCCCUGACUGAGCACCGCACCCCCGAGGUUCUCAACAAACUCAAAGCCGCCGAGAAAGCGCAAAUCAAAGCCGAGAAAGAUGCCUACAUCAACCCAGAAGAAGCCGACAAAGCCCGUGAACUGGGCAACCAAAAAUUCAAAGAAGCCGACUGGCCCGGUGCUGUCGAAGCCUACACGGAGAUGAUCAAGCGCGCCCCUGAAGAUCCACGGGGCUACAGCAACCGCGCCGCCGCCCUCAUCAAACUCAUGACCUUCCCCGGCGCCGUGCAAGAUUGCGAUGAAGCCAUCAAGCGUGACCCUAAGUUCAUCCGCGCCUACCUCCGCAAAGCACAGGCCCUCUUCGGCAUGAAGGAAUACAACAAGUGCAUCGACGUCUGCGCCGAGGCUCACGAGCACGACGAAGGAGGCAAGAACUAUCGCGAGAUCGAGCAGCAGCAGCAGAAGGCCCUCGAGGCUCAAUUCAGCAGUCGGAUCGGCGAGACGGAGGAACAGACGGCGGAGAGGAUCCAGCGCGAUCCCGAAAUCAUGUCCAUCCUGCAGGACCCUGUAAUGCAAUCCAUACUCGAGCAGGCCAAAAGCUCACAGAAUUCCCUGGCAGAGCACAUGAAAAACCCCAUGAUCAGGACGAAAAUCCAGAAGUUGGUCGCGGCCGGCGUGAUCAGGACUCGGUGA